GUCCGAUUGGGAGAAAACGAGUCUGGAACCAGCGGGCUUCUUAAUUCUCGAAUCCGAGCGGCAAAAGCAUCUGCAAGAACCCUUACUUCCCCAAACAAUAUGCUUAGGUUGCAUUCCUUGCGCACCUCGGCAUCGCGUAGAGGGGUUGCAAUCUGAACUCUCUUUGACGCCAUCCCCUAGAACAUCUCCCGCCGCUGCAUUGCCUUGCAAAUCUUAUUUAAAGAGAGGUGGCCGCCGAUGGCCGAAAACGGCGCGCCCUCAGAGGCGAUUGAAACUCACAUGUCGACGCCGCCAGAUGCACCACCUCCUACCACCGCAACCGAGCCGAGCCUUCAGCCACAGCCAUAUCUCCAAGAGCGACGGGGCUCCUUGACGCUGCAGCUGGUACGGCGGAGAUCGGCCCAGGAACGAAUCAAUGACAUUCUCGAGGGCGCCCGCGAGCGAGCUGAUGGUCAACAGUCGGGUAGCAGUAGUCCGCGGGCACAGCAGCCGUUGCUCGCCGGCUCGCCGCGGGGGGGAAUAUACUCGCUCUCCAGCUCACCGCGGGGUGGCGCGGCCGCUAUUGCCGAAGAAGGAGCCAUCAAUGACGACGACCACGCCGGUGGCCAUGGUGACGUUGUGACGAGACAGCCCGAACGCCAUCGCACGCUCAACUACCAGACCACAACGCACACGAGCCUGUCGCCGCGGAGGAGGACGGUUGGAUCCGCUCAGAGCAGGACUUCGUCAGCCCACGCGCACUCCCCACGCCGGCGGCAGCGUCCAGACGACCUAGACGGCCACGAUGUGGACGACGGCACAACAAGGUCGGACGGCGAGAACAAGGAGUCGGCUUGGAGGAAACGAUUACGGUAUUUCCAGAGCAUCGAGCUUGAGAACAAGGGGAGUGUGGCUCGCGACCAUUUGGCCCUAGAGCGGACAUUUCUAGCAUGGCUGCGCACGUCGCUGGCUUUUGCGUCCAUCGGCAUUGCUAUUACGCAGCUCUUCCGGCUUAACACGUCACUAGCUGGGGAUGGCAAGCACGCCGACACACUGCGGCAGCUGGGUAAGCCGCUGGGGGCCACGUUCCUGGGAGUCAGCAUCCUGAUCCUGUUCCUGGGCUACCAGCGCUACCUCACGGCCCAGCACUGGGUCAUCAAGGGGAAGUUCCCUGCCAGCCGCGGCGCCAUCAUGUUUGUGUCCUUUAUAGCAUUUGCGGUCACGGUAGCGUCCUUGGCUGUUGUUCUCCUGGUGCAGAGCCAGUGAACGAAUGGCUGUGGAUGGUUUGGAUGCCGGGCUUGAAAAUUAGAUUAACUGCUUGUCUGUUCGUGCCGUGAGUUAGCUUCAGAUACCCCGUGCAUGUAGCUAUUGCACCUCUUGACAAGACAUAACACCAAACUCGUUCCAUUUCACUGAAUAAGCGUGCCUCUUGCAUUCUGUGCGGUUUUGCGAGGCCUUGUGCUGCAUUUACGCGGUUGUUGUCGGGAAGAUGAAGUGGCGUGCAGAGCACACAUGAGGCAAAUAGAGGUCGAGGAAAUAGAGCGUGAAAUACAACGAAAGGGGAAAUAAGAACAUGAAGUCAAAGAAGAUAGGGAGAAUAGGUAGACAGAGCAACAUGAAGAAAAUUAUGAAUUAACCUUUAACAUGUUGUUUCGGGGGUUCUUCAAUGUCGUUC